AUGUUCUUGCUUGGUUUAAAUCGUACUUGUCAUCUCGUAGUCAGUUUGUCAAUAUCAAUGGCACUUAUUCUUCCACCCACAAUCUCAAAUAUGGAGUUCCACAAGGUUCUGUCCUCGGCCCCAUUCUCUAUUUGCUUUAUACUGCCCCUGUGGCUGAUAUCAUUAGGAGGUAUGAUCUUGAUUAUAUAUAUGCUGAUGAUACUCAGCUAUAUGUGUCUUUUGAGGCGGAUAGUGACGUCGACUUGGUGAAGUGUCCUUCACUCCGCGAUUCAAUCAAAGUUGGAAAUGACUUGAUUCCUUUUUCGGGUUCGGCUACCAAUCUUGGUGUGAUUAUGGAUGAGACACUCUCCUAUGAUAAUCAUGUUAAGAAAGUUUGCAAGUCCUCAUUCUUUCAUUUGAGGAAUAUUUCUAGAAUUCGCAAAUAUUUGACAAAAAAAUCAGUGGAGGUCAUAAUCCAUUCCUUCCCCCCCCCCCCCCCAGCCCCAAUAAUUUCUAAAAAGUGUGUAACAAAGCUAUAACAAUGUUUCAAGCACGAAAGCCUUGGUACUGUAUGUUACAAUUUAAACCAUAUUUUUGUUACAAGAAUUGGUCAAAUAUUGUCAAUCCAAUCCCCUCUUGUGAAGUGUCAACCACUGACGUUCAUUUUAAAUAUUCCAUACUAUAACUCAUAAAACCUUGAGGUUACACUUCGUUGCAUUGAUUUCAUGUUGGUCUUUUCAUGUUAUUGCCAGUAUGAUGAAGAUGAGUACCCCGAAUAUUAUCGCAAGUCUUCAGACUAUAUCAAAGGAAGCAACACUGAUGUUCCUCAACCUUUCAGAAUAGGUAAGACUUGCAACUGUACUUUAUUAUGUGCAAGGCGGUCCAGCUGCAAAAUGCAGCAUUUUAAUUGAUUUCAGUACAGAUAAGAUUGACUGCUCGCGAAGAAAAAUUUAAACAAUUCUUUUCUUUGUCAAAAAUGCUGUAAAUAUAAUGUACAAUGGUAAGUUUUUUAUGCAGCAUAACUUACUAUUCUACUCUAGUUUCUUGUAAAUGUUGUUUACAUGUUUUAAAAUACUUUUGGAACACUGUCUUGAAAUGCUGUAAUGUCAUACUUAUUUGCCGCCAUUGAACGGCUUUUUCGGCAAACUGAAAUGAAACUGCACUUAAAAAUCUGCUGUUAAUGUUUUAUCUUAGACUUAGUCAAAAAAUAUUUAGAAUCCGGCAGAUAACAUUUUGUAGAACUUCAUUUUCACAGCAACAAACAAAUUUAAACAAUCAAAUUACACUUUUAUUCCCCGAAAAAUGCUUAACUUAUUGACAAGACUUGUUCGGUCGGAACAGUAGGAUUUUUGUCUCGUUCUAUUUUGAUUCGUUUAUAUAUGGACCUUUUCUAUACAGCGUGGUUGACUAAUAUCCUCCAGUUUGGUGCGCUCGCUCAUACAGUCAAUGACGCGCAUACUGUCAAUUAGAUUAUUUACACACAGAUUUUUUACCAUUUUUCGUUUUGCAGACAAAACAUAAACAAUGGAAAACGUCCUUUAGUAGUUGAAAUAAUUCAACAAUUGUUAGAUUAAAAUCAGUGUCGUUUAUAGCACUAUUGCAUCUAUUACCUCGUUUCCAUGGUCGCGUGCUAUAGCCUGCAUGGCAGGUGUUGCUUGGGUGGCAGGCGCACAUGAAAAGGAGGCCAUUAUGACAAUAAUGCAGUAAGCCAAUUCAUAGUGGCUACUGCGCAUCCAAAUGACGCAUUGUGCGUCGGUGGUAUCAAUUGCAGUUGAACAAUAAUAAGAUGUAGCUGAGACUAUAUAGCACAGUUAGAAAAUACAUAUGAAUAAUGUGUUCAGCUUUUCAAUCAUUUGAAUAUGCUCAAAACCAAUUAGUUUCCGCACGAGUUGACUCACUUUAAAUAUAAUCCCUAAGUGAAGCUUCCUUUAUUUUGCUUGACAUAGAAGACAAAAUAUGCUAGUACAAAAAUUAUUUAAAACCACUAAUAUAUAUUGUUCCAAAAAGUGAAACACAAAUGACCGAUUGAACAGCAUACCUCUUUGACAUGCACUGCAUGUGACUGACAGACAGUAUGUUCCAUUAUAAGGCGAAAUACUAUCUAUCACGUGUAAAGCAAGCUACAGUCUGAAAGACGAAACUGCCGACAUCAAACUCAAAGUUCGCAAGCUUUACAGGUUGGUUUACUCUUAAAUGAUCUAUUUGUUUACUUGUAGAUUGUUACUUACUUGAUAGACUUUUGCUACAACCUUUUGAAAUGCUCGCCUGUCUUUGAAUUAGUCAUUUGAAAUGCUCCCUAUCUUUGAAAUGAAGUAUUUCUGCCUUACUUGUAUCAAAUUGACUAUAGUUUAGUUAAACAAAAUUACACCUACAUUCAAAUGAAAUGGAGAAAGUUUAUAUAGGUGAGGUGGGGGAGAGGGGGGGGGGAUCGAAACAGUAUAUUUUCCUUAAUAUUCAAUAAUUCCAACCUUCACUAUUCCUGAAAUAUUAAUUUUUCAUUCAAAUACACAUACUCUUUCCGGAAUUAUUCAUAUUCCUCCCUUAAAUAUUUAUAUUCAAAGUUGUUUAAAAACCCAUUAUUCAUCCGCUCACUUUAGAACGAAGAUAUGUUGAUCUAUAUAAUUAUUUAACAGACAAAGUCAAGAUGUUUUCAAUUGGAAACAAUUAUGGUUUCCUCAAUUGUUGCAGUAGUUUACGUUAAAACGUCCGUUGAAAUCGAUAAAUUACAUGAUAAAAUAUUGCACCUACACUCUUUGAAUACUGUAUUAUCCUUAUAAUUAUUAACUGAUAUCGUCUCAUUUUGUCUAGACCUGAGAACACUCAUAAAGGCGCGAAGUGUGGCUACCAAACAGAUUAUAAUCUUCUUUACUGCAGCAUUGAAGGUCAGUUUCUUGUACCAGUUUUACAACAAUUUUGUAGCUUUGUACUUAUAUUAAUCGAAAAAUUAUUUUCUAUUGUUUAGAGACCGCCGUAGUUGGCAUUAAUAUGUUGAUUGGGAAAUGUUUUAUAUCGUGUGAGGCUGAUUUGGAUCUCAGUGUACGUGAAUAUACCGCACAGGGACCUGACAGAUUUUAUUUCAGAGAGGUAUAUUAUAAACAAUAUUUUCUUUGUUUGUCUUACUUUUAACAAUGAAAGAACAUCGCAAAUGUGUUUCAGCAACAUUCCCUGUUGCCUGCCUAGUGUUUUUCUUCUUUGUUCGAUACUGUAUUUUUUCGUAAACUGAUAAAAAGGUUCUCUCGGAACUUUUCCCAUUUUGGGCAUUUAUACACUGUACGUAUCGCCGGUCGGAGCGGGCAACAAUUUUUCACGUGUUGCCGGCGCGAUUCAUUGCAUUUAUCUAAAUCGACGUGACCACCAGUUAGCCAAUCAUGUUUAGGUUAAGCACUAGCUAUGCCAAGAAUACUCUUUAUUUUACAAAAAAAAUUAUUGCUCUCUUUCAUUUUAAGUUUACGCAAGUUUUCUUCCAAAUGAUAUAUCAACUUGAUUCACUUUAUAAUCUUUUUCAGGCUUACAAUGCAAAAACUCAGGAAGUUGAAGAUGUGCCAAGCGAAUGGAGGAAGUUAACUUACAAGGGAAAGGUGAGUUUAGUUUGUUUAAGGCUUGUCCAAAGAGGAUAAGAUUCCAUGAGAGAUGACAGUCCAUGCGACCUUAGUUACUGUUCUUAAUGCUUUCCCAACACUAUUAUGUAUCUAUUUAAGUUAAAACAUGGUCUGAUCAGUGAUCAAACCUUUAUUUUCUUUAAUCUUGGAAUUUUUCCCACAGUAAUGCGCGACUACCAGUUCUCGUCAACUCUCAUCCUCGUUUGACAGGGGCUUUAGGUGAAUAUCGACAUUUUGUUGGCAUCUCACUCGAUUCAAUAAUAGCUGAAGUGCUAAUACUAGCUGACAUUUUAUUAGGCCUAAUCACGAACAGCUGCGAAAAAUGCAACUCUAGGUCCCUGCGAUUCCAGUGUAGGACUCCAACCAACUGAGGUACAUGCAGAGGCCAGUUGUCGAGCUCUAACAACAAGAUCAUGCAUAUUUAUAUAUAGCGUACUGCCAUGUUACGUUAUGGUAAAUAUCAAGAUUUUGUUGGCAUCUUAACUCGACUCAAUAAUAUUUGAUGGGUGUUGUAGAUGGAAAUUAUCGGGUGGAAAUUUAUGUACAGUACCUUUAUUAGACCUAGUAUCGUGAAUGUCCGGUGAUAAGAUUACAAGGUUCUCCAGUUUAGUUUUAGUUUACAACUAGAUCAGUGGCAAGACUAUCCAGCUUACGUAGCUCAUUUUCAUUGUACGUCAUCGGACUUUGGCUGGAAAACAAAGACUUGGGCUCGUAGGUAGACCAAUUUGGACUCAAAACAACGAAUUUUUCGUUCAUAAUAUGAAACUAACUAGAAAAUACAUGCAUGCAGAAACCCUCGCCUUGCUGACAAAACCGUUGUAUUUUCCGAACAUGAAGUAUCUAAAGCGAAAGGUGUUGUACCUGUCCUUAGUGCGCAGCAAGUUAGGAUAUGCCAGCCAGGUGUGGGCACCUCAAACUGUCAGCGACAUACUGUCAAUAGAACGGGUUCAACGUCGCGCGACCAAAUUCAUCCUUUCCCUUCCUUACAGAACAGCCACAACAUACAGGGAACGACUACUGGUUAUCGGUAUUCUCCCGGUCUGCUAUUGGCACGAAUUUCUAGACUUAGUUUUUAGUGCAGAGUUUCUUUGAAACUGUGCACUAUUGUGAUGACUGGGAAAAUUCACAUCAGUCAGUCAGUCAAUCAGUCAUAGAGUUAACUUUCCGGGGGGUGUAUUAUAUGUAUACGAUUUAUGUUUGUAGUGAUUUAUUGUGCUUUGAAGGUUAUUUAGGCAAUUUCAGUUGUUUUAUUUACAUAUUUUUUGUUCUUUUGCCAAGUUCACAAAAAUUUCGAGGAAUCGUUGUCGUUAUUGUAAAUUUUUGUAAAUUUUAUAACAUUCGCUUCUCACGUUGUGUGAAGGAUCUUUCCCCCGGAAAACCCAUUUUUUUCUUUAGCAACACAAAUGCGCAUGCGCUAUCAAGCCGUAUAUAACGAUGGCGUGAUGAUGCUAGGAAGGAGCGCUGGAGCGACACAGUGUUGUUUUCAAAUUAUAAACAUUUUAGAUGUGAAUAUUGAGUAAAUCUUUGAGAAUCUACGCAAUAUAUAAAUCGAUGUUAUGCAUUACGGACAUUCAAUUAAAGAUCGAUAUUAUUUUGAGGGUAUAUUCAUUGUGCAGAGCUAGGAAGCAGCGAGACAGUGUUGUUUUCAAAUGUAUAUAUAAACAUUUCAGACGUAUAUUAUAUUGCGAAAAUCUUUGAGAUACAACGCAACGCAAUAUAUAAAUUGAUGUUAUACAUUACGGGCAUUCAAGUGUCGAUAUUAGUUUGACGGUAUAUAUUCAUUGUACAGAGAUGGGAAGCAGCGAGACAGUGUUGUUUUCAAAUGUAUAAUUAUAAACAUUUCAGACGUGUCAGUAUUAUAUUGAGAAAAUCUUUGAGAUACUACGCAAUAUAUAAAUUGAUGUUAUGUACUUAUGCAUUACGAUUUACGGGCAUUCAAGUGCCGAUAUUAUUUGGAGGGUAUAUUUAUUGUACAGAGCUAGGAAGCAGCGAGACAGUGUUGUUUUCAAAUGUAUAAACAUUUCAGACGUCUAAAUUAUAUUGAGAAAAUCUUUGAGAUACUACGCAAUAUAUAAAAUCGAUGUUUUGCAUUACGGGCAUUCAAUUAAGUACCGAUAUUACUUAGUUUGACGGUAUAUUCAUUGUACAGAGCUAGGCGAAGCAGCGAGACAAGUGUUGUUUCGAAAUGUAUAAACAUUUCAGACGUGUAUUAUAUUGAGAUUUUCUUUGAGAUACUACGCAAUAUGUAAAUUGAUGUUAUGCACGUAAUGCAUUCAAGUGCCGAUAUUAGUUUGACGGUAUAUUCAUUGUACAGAGCUAGGAAGCAGCGAGACAGUGUUGCUUUCAAAUGUAUAAACAUUUCAAACAUAAAUAUUGAGAAAAUCUUGGUUUACGUGUCUAGCACAACGUCAACGGUGCAAACUCGUGUUCAGACUUCAGUGCAACGAGAACUCUACCAGAUCUUACGAGAAUCUAUCUGUAUCAAAGCUUGUCAAAACUGCUAUAAACACUGCUAUAACUGUGAAACCAUUGAAAUAUUGAUUACAUGCGAAAAGCUGAAAAUGAAUCAUGAACACAACGUGACCUUCAAAUAACUCAAAGGUCAGUGAGCUUGUUAUUGUGACACGUCACAACUAGGUUAGAAUGCGGAAGCGGAUGCGAAACGGAGCGGAUCCACGGAACGGAUAUGGAGAUAAAAUGCGGAACGGAACGGACUUGGAUAAAUCCUCUUUUUUUACGUUUCCGUGUUUUAGAUUUAUGUUUUUUUUGUCAUGGAACACAACGUCGUAGUGCUUAUUAAUUAUUCAUAACAUAUCUUGUAAAGCUAUUUCAAUUAAAGUUGUGACUGGGACAAUAGUCAAAUGUACAAUAUGGGCGCUAAAACGAUGAUGGCAUUGGCAAUAAUCAUAGAUUUAAGUACUAUUUAAAAACGCGUAGGAGUGUUUUAUCACAUAUAAAACACGACGCGUAGCGGAGUGUUUUAUAUGUGAUAAAACACGACUACAAGUGCUUUAAAUAGCUUCAAAAACGACUCAUCUUAUACGAGUUCAUUGGCGAAGUAAUUUUUAAAAUAAACUUUGUCUAAACCGAGAAAAUCAAAGCUAAAGUUUAUGUAAAUUAACGUGAUUUUUUAUCACAUAUAAAACCACGACACGCUUAUGAUUUUUCUUUGUGUUUUGCUCCUGAAUUAUUAAUGAGUUUUUGAAAUAAGUUUAGCAUAUCAGUAGCCUUGUGGGGAUACUUGGCGACAGCUCCAAUAAAUUGUGUCAGUUCCACGAAGCACGACGUUUCUGAUGUGUUAGGCUUGUUUUAAACGUCGGGUUACUCGUGUGCCGAACGCAUUAAAAACAAUAGAUAAUGAGAUGAAAUGCCUAUGAUAAUUGUUUAUUUCGUAGUGUAACCCAUCAGCUUUUCUAGGUUGUCGGCGAUCCUAUAUAAUCCUUGCAGUGUCUUUCAAUUUCAAACUUUACAACAUAACAGAAAUUAUGCCUUGUCACUAUAAUAUUAUAUGGGGAAAUAAAUAAUAUUACAUACCUCUCGUUAUUCUUCAACCGUAAAGUAUUAUAUUUAAACCAGAUCUUAGCAUUUUUACUGUUGUAACAGUUCCCCGCGCUAUUACGACAUGUGAUUAAGGCUAUAAACCACGCUUGAAAAGCUAUUCAAUUAAUAAGCAUGCCUUAUAGCGUUUGUCUUUGAAACUCUGCACUAUCCUUGGAUCCCUAGUUCUUUACAAGAGUAUUCUAAGCAACGAUGUCAAUGUGUCAAUACGAACAACCACCCGGACGACUAGAAACGCUGACCCUGUCAAUGGUAUUCUUCUUAAUGUAUCUCGAUGCAGGACAGUUAGCUACAAGAACAAUUUCUAUGUGAGAGCGCCUAGCGUAUGGAACAUUCUCCCUAGCAAUAUUCGUGACACUUCAAGAUCAUUAGCUUACUUUAAAAUCUCUUUAUUCAAUUACUACUUAAACCUUUUAGAACAAAUAUACAACCCGGACAAUCCUAGAACAUUUAAGUCCGUGUGCGUCAAAUGCCACUCAACUCGGUCUCUUGAUAGUUUAUUAGUGAGGACAUGUUGUUGACAUUUUAGCAUAAUUUGUUUUAAUGUUAUAUAUUGUAACUUAUUGUGAGGGGCCCCAUAAUUGGAGAUUAUCUCUGUGGCUAGUCCCUGCCCGAAUUGUAUGUAAAUUUUGUAAAGUAUUAGUCUUAUUUAUGUCUGUUAUGUUUGGCGAAUCUUGUAAAAUAAAAUAAAAUAAAUAAAUCUAAAGUAGUUGUUAUGGUAACACGAUAAUUUUUUAAGAAUAUUCUUACAAAUGAAAAUCGCCUAAAAAUAUCACUUUUAAUUACAAAAUUAUCAAUUUCUCAACAUAUAUAUGUUAGGUAUGUAAUUAUACGUAAUACAAGCUUCAAUUUAAGGUAAAAUUCAACAACAAACAAUUCACAAAACGUUUUAAAGUGUUCUUUAUAAAACUAAACUGCCUUUAACUAUUAAAUGGCUUUAUCGAUAAACUUUGAGUUUGCAAUAAAAUGAUUUCAAAUUCUCGCUUGCAAAUAACUUUGCUUUAUUUUUUUAUUUAAAAAAUUCAAUAUAAUAAAAAAGGGAAUCAAUAUUAAAGAUACACUGAAAUUAUAUGCUGUCUUGUAUGUCUUGUUUAGUUGUUUGAUAUACGGAAAAGCCGUCGGGUUUUAAAGCCAUUAUAAAAUCAAUAUUUAAAACAAACUUACCUUCGUUAACGUCGGCUCCCUUCUUUUAGCUGAUCCUUUGGCCCUUUCUUUCUUGAAAUUUACAAAAUCUUGCAGAAAUAUGAGCAAAAUGAAGAAUAUUUGCAAGAAAUUUGACAAAUUUAUCAAUCAUCAACUCAUCAAAUCAAGAAAUGUUUGCUAUUUCGCUGUCGUCAUGCAGUCGUUAUAAUGCAAACUUUAAAUUGGACCAAUCAGUGUCCGUUAUUCAUGACAGUCCGCCAUAUUUUUGAGAUCAGUGAGGAUGACCACCCAUCGUUGGUGACCGACGCCCGCGCUCAUUGAUGAACUUUAGACUUCGCUAAUGCUUUCGUUUCCCCGGGUGUAUAUAGCCGGGGGGAAUUAGUACCCUCGCACGGCGCUUCGCGCCGCCGGCUCGGGGAUAAGUUUUUUGUAUGUUUGCAUGGUGAUAAAAUAUAAUAGUUUUGUUUGUGGAAACACCACGUAAAUUGAUGAAGAUCCGGGCUUACGGAUGGUAAGCUUUGCAGUAAUAAAUUUACGUGGUGUUUCCACAAACAAAACUAUUAAUAUGAAACUAGUUUUUCAUACAUGUGGUCGCAUAUUCUAUGAUGCCGUAGAAUGUUGGUUGACGUCUAGUAAUUUCCACCCAGGGUAAAGGAAAAGGUAAAGGAAAGGGGAAAGGCAAGGCAAGAGAAAACGAUGAAGAAACUGGCAAGGAAAAUAAUACAUG